AUGUGUCCACACAAUAGACAUAAAGAGAAAUGUCACGAGUGCCAAUCGUUCUUACUCUGCCAUCACAAUCAUAUAAAGAACAAGUGUGAAGAGUGCCAGAUAAAAUAUUUAUGCAAGCACAAGCGAAAUAAAAAAUAUUGUAGGGAUUGUGGGGGUAAAUCAUUGUGUCCUCACAAACGCAUAAUCAAUAGAUGCAAGGAUUGUGGAGGAUCAUCUAUCUGCAAACACAAGAGGCGUAGAAGUGUAUGUAAGGAGUGCCAUGGAUCAUCAAUAUGUGAACACAACAAGCUCAGAUCAAGAUGCAAAGAGUGCGGUGGAUCAUCAAUAUGUCAACACAAUAGACGACGGAGCACAUGCAAGGCAUGUGGUGGCGGAUCUAUAUGCCAACACAAUCGAAUAAGGAGCACAUGCAAGAUCUGCGGUGGUGGAUCCAUAUGUUCACACAAUAAAGUAAGGAGCAUAUGUAAAGACUGUGGUGGAGCGUCAUUGUGUAAACACGAUCGAAUAAAAUGUCGUUGCAAGGAUUGUGGCGGCAAUUCCAUCUGUCCGCACAACCGAAUGAAAUAUCGUUGCAAGGAAUGUAAGAGCAUUCAACAAUUCUUCAAUGAUGAGAUGAUAUAA